AACAAAAAAGGUCGACACGUAGCGGAGAAUGAAAUUAGCGUAGCGAUAACUAUUACGGGGCCGCUAGUGUGGCAGCGCCAGCCAACAGCUGUUCAACUGAGUCUGCGGAGGCGUUUUAUUUGCAAAAACAAUAACCAUGCUGUCCAUUGGCGCCUUGGCCAACAUCAAGCACAUACUGCAGAAGGAGCUGUUCCUGGCCUCUGGCGAACGCCUCUUGUCAGUGGUGACGGUGGUCAAGAAGAAAGACAAGAAGCCCUGCUAUCUGUGCGUGGUGACGACAGCGCCGCCGGUGCCCGUGGUUACUCUGUGUCUGGUGAAGCAGUCCGAGCAGCGGGAGGCCGAGUACAAGCGGAAGCGCAACUGGCAGCUGGACGAGAUCAAGUCUGUCGAUGGGCGGAACGAGCAGUUCGAGACGCACGAGUUUGACAUUCAACUAGAGAAGCUCUACAAGUGGUAUGCCCUCAACCUGCACGAGCGACAAAACUUCCUGGCCGUUCUCAAUAGACAAAUCCAGAAGUACGUGCGCGGUGUGCGCGCGGAGUUCCGCAACGUUCCCAGUGCUUGGCUGUCGGAGAAGUCGCCGGAGAAGGUGGCUCUGGGUCGGGCGGCACAGAAGACCCAGCACACCGAUGACGAGGAAGACGAGGAGGAGGCGCAGGAGUUCACAGCUUUGACCGACAAGGAGGCCAACGAGCUGGGGAAACUCUUCUCUGAGUGUGAUUUUGCCAUCAAAGAUGCCGAACAGUUUAUAGACCAAUUGUCCAGGGAGCUGCACGAUCUGGAUGGGGCCAACAUACAAAGUGUGCUGGCGUCGGAGCAGAAGGUGAUGAAGAUGAUGGAGCACAUUGACAAUGCCAUAUCCGAGGCGGAUAAGUUUGAAACUCGCCUGGACACCUAUGAGGAUAUCCUGGGGCAUGUCAAGGAGACCAUGGAGAAGAUUGGCGGCAAGAAUGCGAUGAUAGAAAUAGCCAACAACAACAACAUCAAAUUGAUGAAGGAACUCAACAAAGUUAUCAGCCAAUUGGAUUUGCCGCAUAGUCAACAGCAGGCGCUGGACGAGCCCGACCUGAAGACUGUGGCUGGCCGCAAAGUGGCCAUUGCCGCGGCGCAGUGCCUGCAGCAGGCCAUGAACAGCGACAUCGAUCCGGCUCUGCUGCGGCUGGAGGCUGUGCAGGAUCAGCGCAAGCGCUUUGAGAAGUGGAAGCAAAAGUUCUCGGCCACCGUCAGUCGCUUCAUGAACAAUCUGUUCAUCCAUUUGGGUAACGAAAUUGGGGACAUGCCGCUGACAAACACCGAACUUUCGCUGCCCAAUCACUCCAACGUGCAUCGAGAACUGACACCUUACACAGAGCUGAUGCACUGGACAAAGGCCAUGGACCGCAAGACAUACGAUGGCCUGAUGAAGGUCUACACUGCAUCGCUGAGCAAGAUCUACGACAGGGAUGUGAGGAACUUCUUCAACUUGGCUAAAAUGCAGGUAUCGGAGAAGCUGCGCAGCUCUCGCGAGGAUCUGGACAUGUCUACCUCAUCCCGCAAGUCAGCAAUCUCCACCAUUCCCUACGGCACGCUGGGCAUCAAUCGAGAUCAGUGGGGGCCCGGCGUGGAGAGCGCGGACCGCGUGCGUUUCGAUGCCCUGCUGGAGAAGGUCCUGGCCGAGCUGGAGCCCAUCGCCCUGCAGGAGCAGCUUUUCUGCAUUAACUUCUUUCAAAUGGAUGUGAUCAGUCCUACGACAAAGAAUACGCAGACCACGCUGGAAAUGGAGAAAGCGGGGGAUAUGUCACAGUCUGCAAUAGCGGCGGCUUCGCCCACAGCGGAGGGGGUGCCGCAGAAGCGGAUCGAUCGGCAGAUCAACGAGGAUGUGAGGAAGCUGAUGAUGGGACUGUUUGGCUGCCUCGAACCGGAGCUGGUCACGUUCAUCCAGAGCUUCGAGCGGGUGGAUAGCUUCUACUCCUUGUACGUGCUGGUGCGACUCACGCAGCACGUCAUGUCCGCACAGGACACACAUUCCUUCCUCAGCAUGACCUUUGCCUCGGCUUUGGUGCAGGUGAAGCGCAACUUUGAUCGAUUUAUGCAGCAGCAGCUGCAGUCCAUACGGGAGGCCAAGCUGCACAAGCGCUCCAAGGCCAUUCUGCCGUAUGUGGAGAACUUUGAGAACUUUGCCCAGACGGCGGAGGGCAUCUUCCGCAAAUCGGAUCGUCGCACCGACAUGGAGAAGUGGUACCUGCAGCUGGUCAACGCCAUCUUCGAGGGCAUCAGUCUGCACUCGCAGGAGCAUCCAAAGACACCGUCGCAGGUGGUGCGCAUGGAGAACUACCAUCACAUGUACGCUCUGCUGGCCCAGCUCAAGGUCCCUGGCCUCGACACACUCAAAAAGGAGGCAAAGACACGAUACAACGAAGCGCUCAAAGCGUAUGUGACUCAGUACUUUGGCAGGCCGCUUGAGAAGUUGAAUCAAUUCUUUGAAGGCGUGCAGCUGAAGGUGGGCCAGGGCGUCAAGGAGACAGAAAUCAGCUACCAAAUGGCCUUCUCCAAACAGGAGCUGCGCAAGGUGAUCGCCCAGUAUCCGGCGCGCGAGGUGAAAAAGGGCCUGGAGAACCUCUACAAGAAGGUGGAUAAGCAUCUCAGCGAGGAGGAGAAUCUACUGCAGGUGGUGUGGCAUGCCAUGCAGGAGGAGUUCAUUGCCCAGUACAAUUACCUCGAGGAGCGUAUCCAGAAGUGCUAUGCGGGCGCCAUGAUCAAUUUGGAGUUCAACAUACAGGAUAUUCUCGCCUUUUUCUCGGACAUAGCUCGCUCUCACUGAGUGGCAGGAGGAGUGCAAAGCCGUGCAGUGCAGGAGAGGUGGGAGUGUUAGAGCCUUUCCGAGUUUUAUAUUUAAGUGCAAUAGUAUUUAAAGCGUUGUUUCUUUUGAUUGGAAAAUAUAUGGCGCGCAC